UCACUGUGGUUUUCUUCCUUUUAUUCAGUUACUGACGCAAUCCCAGCAUUUUGCUUUUUGAUCUUUGCAUUAAGUUACUUUAAUCCAGGCACUUUUGUCUAUCUCUCAUUUUCCAGUAUCUGUAGUUCUGCAACUUGUGCUUUUCUUUGUUCCUAUAGAAAGUCUCUUAUUACUACGAGAUCACAGUCUGUUCUUCACUUGUGAGAAAACAAGUUGCUCUAUCAGCAGUGGCUGUAACAAAGCCUUGUUUCAUAUCAGCUACGUCCUCCCAUCUUAUCACAACAGCCAAAGCUUCCCCUAUAGUCUUGAUGCCCUGCCAUGACAAUAUUCUCAACUCCCUCCCACAUCCUAUACAAUAUCUCAAUAUCCUCUUUCAAUAUUUAGGCCUCCCUGAACUGUAUUUUGCUCCUACCCCUUUAUUUCCUAUCCUCCACAAGUGAAUCACGUCCUGAAUACUCAUGGCUCCCACAUCUCUCUUGUUUGACUAAGAUAAGAGAUUAUAUGUGCAGAUAAAAUGUGCUGUGACCUAUCGUCUAACGCACGACCAAGACUCAUGGCCAGCUGUCACUGCUUCAGGGAAAAACAUCUACAGAGCACUAUCUCUUCAUUUGGGAUCUAAAUGAAUCUUUUUUUUCCCAAAACACUCAUUUUCAGGAAAGGUGUGGGAAUAUCACGCCUCUGAAUCUUCUUACUCUCUACUAAAUUUGAUUUAAAUUAAAUGAUGGAUUAAGAGACAGACAGGUGAGAGACUGAUAGAUACAGGCAGUGUGGCUGUAUACACAAAUCCAUUUGUAGAGCUGCUUGUGCUUCGUCUUUCCGCUAACAUCACUCAGCUGUCAUAUGAGUUCUGAUUUUCUCUCCUCAAAGGGACAACUGUGCCACUGUGAGGUUAAUCAGAAACUCUCCUUAAUAAAGACAAGGCCACAGAAAACUGAUAAAACUUUGGCAUUAGCCCAAACCUAAGCAUUUGCAACAACAUACGCAUUGGCUUGCGUCAGAUAGGUACAGGUCAGUGACAACUAUGUAACUUUUAUGGUAUUUAGGCAGGCAGAAAAAUCAGCUUUCUAGUCCCCUCUUGAACAUCUUCCUUCAAAACACUUGUAGGGGAUAAUUUAUGAUAUCAGCUAAUCUCACAACCCCUAACAAAUGCAUUUUUUUCACUUCCCUGCAACCUGCACACUCGGGCACACCAUGAGCCCGAAGAAUACAUCUCCAUAUUAAUACUAGGCUGGUGGCUAUUGAACAGAAAUAAUUUUUUAAGUAUUUCACUCAUCUGUGCUAAACAGGCCAGAAAGAGGUGACCAUGUAUGUAUUGAGACUUCUUAUGACAGCUGAUAUUCAGACAAAACACACAGCAAAAAACACUGCCUGCAGCCUUAUGCUCAGACUCCCCCCAGAUUCCUCAGGACUUGGAUUUCUGUGUCACAUGAAAAGGCCGCAAGUUUUGCCAGAGGAAGUUUAUGUUAGACAUGAAUAAAAACUAUUUCUCUCAAAGUGGCCAGGCACUGGAAUGGCCUGUCCAGGGAGGUGGUGGAGUCACUGUCCCUGGCAUGUUCAAGAUGAGGAGCUACACGAUAUGGUUUAGUGCUUGUGGUAGCAAUGGUAGUGGGAGGAUGGAUGGACUAGAUGAUCUUGCAGGUCCUUUCCAACCUUGUGAUUCUAUGAUUCUAUGACAUCUAGUCUGUAGUUUCCAUAAGACUAUGCAGACCUAACGAAAAUACUGUGUGAAAGACAUUAAGGGCAAACACAGCGUGAAAUGGGUCAAAAUAGUUGUGAAGCAUUUUUAAGCAGAUUUUAUCUGCCACGAAGAAAAGGUACAGACAGGUCGAGUACAGAAAUCCACACAACUUUCACUAGUCUCUCAGCUUCUAAUCUCCUACCCACAUCUCUCUGUGCUACUUCUUGCUAUGGCCAUCUUUGUUUUCCCUCUCCUCCACUCACACUCCCUCCAAAAGCGAAAGUAAGAACCUGCAUUUACAUAUACAUAGUCAGCCCCUCCAGAUCCUGUCUGUACGCACAGACCUAUCUGCAAAAACAUAAAGCAGGAUUUGGUUUGGCAUCAUCCACAAAAUACAGCGCCAGAGUUUUGUUUCAAAGGGGCGCAAAAUCUUCAUUCAAGCAGGAAAACAGAGCAUUUCACUCCUCGCAGGCCCACCACACGGACGAUGGCUCGGAGCACCACCAGCACCGCCCGCCUCCCGCCAUGCCCUGGGACGGCCGCGCGGUGCGACUUGGGAGCUGUAGUCCCUUGCCUGCGGCCCCGUGCCCCCUCUCUCGUCGGGCCGAAGGACGCGGCGCCUGCGUCCAGGCCGCGGUGUCCCGGCGGGCAUCCUCGCUCGUCCCACUUGGAGAUGCAGCGUGCGCUGUGCAGGCUGCUCCCCUCGCUCUGCUCGGCGUGGCCUGCGGCUCUCCUCGCCCCGCGCCCCUUCCUCGCCCCGCGCCCCUUCCUCGCCCCGCGCGUGGGUCCUAUGGCGCUGCGGCCGGCGGCAGCAGCAGAAGCGGGGACCGGCGAAGAGCCCGCCAUCGCAGCCGGCUCAACCCCAAAGCACGAUGGGCUGGAUAAUAUGCAACAAAAGAAGAAAAUUGUUAAAGGAAAUAAAAAAAGGACACAAGAGGGAAAAAAGCCAUGUCCUCCUGCUGAUUCAGUAGAUUCUUUGAUGGCAGAAAUGCCAUUUGCCGACACAGAUAUUGAAGAUGAACUUGCUAUGCAUACAACCUCUGAAAUAAACAUGGAAAAGAAAAGGAAGAGGACUACUGGGAAGGAAGUUCCAGAAGGCAGUGAGAGAAAGAAGAAAAAGAAAAAACAGUACCAGCCAAAUUAUUUCAUUUCUCUUCCAAUUACUAAUCCAGAGAUUGCUGACAACAUUCGGGCUCUCCAAGAUGCAAUAAUACAGAAGGAUGAUAGGCUUUCCAAAGCAAUGGUUCACUGUGGUUCAUUGCACAUCACAAUGUUAGUGAUGCAUUUAUCCAGCAAAGAAGAAAUUAGCAUAGCAGUUGGUGCUCUUUCUGACAGCAAGGAUUUUGUAGAAGAUCUCCUAAAAGGAAAAACCGUGGAUUUGUCUUUUCAAGGAAUCGAUCACUUCAAAAAUGAAGUUGGGUUUGUGCAGCUGGCAGAAAAUGAUCAUACAGCUGUACUUUCGGAAAUAGCAGAGACUAUGAGGAAGAUAUUUCAAGAAAAGGGCAUCUUGGCAGGAGAAGAAAGAGCUUUUAAGCCCCAUCUGACCUUUAUGAAGUUGUCAAAAUCAACACAGCUACGUAAGCAGGUGAAAAAAAUUGACUCAAGCCUUUAUGAAGAUUAUAAAAGCCAUUAUUUUGGAAAUGAAAUCCUGCAUCGCUUCGAUCUUUGCUCUAUGUUGAAAAAAAAGCAACCCAAUGGCUAUUACUACUGUGAGUCCUCUGUUUUUCUUGUGGGAUGUGCACACACCAUACAUCAGCCAGAUCCUAUGGCAAUCUUCCCAGUGGGAGUGGAGGACUUAAGGAGUACUACAGACUGUUGGUGAGCCACAAACAUCUCAAAAUAUUAAAAAUACAGAAAAUUUUAAAAGCAGUUCUGUGGCUUUCUAAAGUGUACUUCUAGAAGGCUCAUUUUAGAUCUUUUUUCAUGCUUGACAGAUUACACAGCAAACCAUCUACUUGCAUCUAGAUGCAUAUAUAUAUAAUGUUAUUUAUUUGUGAACUCAAAACCUAUGUAGAAGUGACAACUGUUUAAUAAGAAAGCGGGAAAUAUUUGUGGGAGAACAGCUCUGUUCAUUUCAACAAUGUAAAAUACAAAAAAAAACCACGUAACAUACUGUAAGUAAAAUGAUUCUGAAUAACUGCAAUCACAACUGUUUUAUGUUAUCUGGAGGCCUCUGCUGCUGACUGUUCAUAUUCUGCAUAUUAAAUACUAUUAGGUCAAGUGCCAGGGCUGCUGAACACCUAUUCCCAUUGAUUUUGUUUAUAGAAUUCCUUGGACAGAUCAUUAGAGCUGCGUGAGUAACAAUUUCUGUGAUUCACUGGCAGUUCUGAGAAAUAAAAAAACUCUUAACUGGAAAGCAGUAUUUUUUCUAGUAAAUAAAUAGACUGUGACAACCAAAACAUUUUGUUUCGGUUCUGAGCAUCUUUAAUAAAAGCAGAGGAAAUUUGAAAUCAAAGGGCUGCAUUCAGAGGAGCCUGAGGGAUCGUCUCAUAGAAAUUGAGAGGAGAUGCUGCUCAUGUGUAUCGUAGGUCUCCAAAGAGAUAAGAGCCUGAAUUAAGUCCCUCCUCUAAGUAAGUUAAAGGAUGGACUUAAACCCAGGGAAUGCAGUUAGUGGAAGAACAUGGUAACUGAUGUGCCAUGGGGUACGUAGGCAUCUGAGUGGUUUUGGGAAGGGUGUCUGUGACUCAUAUGUUAACCUGAAAUGCUUCUUCCUGGAACUGCAAAAUCUGUUUUUGAUGCCUUAUUUUUGUUAUUUCUCAUUUAACUUUUUUUUUUUUUCCCCACAGAUGCCUUUCUGAAUAUUUUUUUUCAGGGUAUUUCCCAACUUUUUACAAACCUGAUGAAAUGUUUUGCCCAGAUCUAGUCUGAUCACUCUUCAGCUGGAAACUCCAGUUCUUUUAGACCCACUGUAAUGGCACCAUAUUAACUUUAUGAACAGAACUGGAGGACAUUGGUCUGUCUUGCUGUUCCAGAGCAGGAUGCUCGUGCUAAUAGCUAACAAAGGCUUUGCCUCUGGAAAUGGAGGCUUUUGUGUACCUCUCCCUCUCGAAUUCCCUUAUGAACUGUGUUUUAUCACUGAAAUUGCUCACAGGUUGUUCAGUCCCCUAGCAAGACUAAUGAAAGUCUUUUAUAACUAUAAUCUAUAUGUGCUGGCAAACUUGAAUAAAUUUACAUAUCUGAAGGAGAACAAGUUUAUGUAAUUGAACAGUGCAGAGCUUUGUACUGAGAACAUACAAUAGUAUCUCUUUCACCAGAUGCGUGUGACUAAGCAGCCUCUUAUUACUGGUUACAGAAUGCGAACUCCAGAAAAGGACAUUAAAAAUAUGACUUUUAAAU